AUGUCGAGGAAAUUAGGAGCUGAUAGCCGUGAAGUUAAAAGUAAGAUUUUUUAAACUAAUUUUAUGUUAUCUUACUUUUAGUUAGAAAAACUGUUUUUUUCUUGAAAAGUAAAGCUUCAAUACACAAACUUAUGUAAAGUAUAACGUUGAAUAGUUGUAUUUCAUUUAAAAAGCUCAGAUUUACGUCAAAAGCUAAAACAAUAUAAGGAAAAUGGCAAUGUUGGUGGUCAGGUGGAGAUGCUGGCUCAACUCGGUGAUGAAUAUCGACAAUUGAGGCAGAAUGAAGAAGCUCUGGAGUUUUACACUGAGGCUGUUAAACUGGCUCAAAGGAUAACCAAAUAUGAAGAUCUGGCACAUUGUCAUAGGAAUAUAGCUUCUAUUUUGAGCGAAGGUAGUAAUUUUUAUAAUUGUAUUUUUGGUUUUUAGGUAACAUAAAUACCUUUACGAUGUUAACUAACGUCUUUGUAGAUAACGCCGAUGCUGCUCGAAAGCAUAUUAAGCUUUUCUUAACCUACGCGAAGAAGUUGGGAGACCACAAUCUGAUUCAGUUGGCUCUGCAUGAGUAUGCUUUCAUUUAUCAAGGAUUCGCAUCUCAUGACAAAGAAUAUCUAUUGGAAGCGUUUGAGAAGGCGUUACAAUGUAAACAAUAUUUAACCAAACAUGCUAGGGACAUUGACAGUGAUAAAGAAGCGGUGAAAACGGCCGAAAACAGUAAAAGACGAAUGGCUGGUAUCAAUUCAUUACUGGCGGAGAUAUUUCAAUGUUUCGGAGAUUACUCAACCGCUUUGAAGUACAACAACAUGGCAGUCGAUUAUGCUCAGUGAGUGAAAUCUUUUAAUCUUUACAUCGGUUUUAUUGUAAUGAAUGCAUAAGUAGUUUAUAAAAUUUUAUGUUUACUUAAAACUUUUUUAAUAAAUUGUGUAUAAAAAAACCGAUAUUUUUAAACAUUUUUAUGAUUUAGGUCAGUGAAAGACUACGAAUUGUUGUACAGUUGUCUGUUGAUGAAGGUCGAGUUAACUAAAGGUGAAAAGAAAGUGGCAAUAGCUAAACAACGGAUGGAUAUUGCUCAUCAAUACCUGAAACACAAUUCUAACGAGUCGGAAUUGGAAUUUGCUAAACAAGCUUUGAACUUUUACCCAGAAGACUUUGAAGACCUUGCUCCUGCUUUGAAGUGUCUUUUGAAGCUACGGAAAAAUUCAAAGUAUUCAGCGAUGAGCAAGGCCUAUCUUGAGUUUAGUAGGUUUAUUUUGUUCAUUUGUAAUAAUCUUUUUAAACAUUGUUACCUAAAUUUUAUAAGUUAUUUAAAAGACAAAUUUACAAUUUUUUGACAAUAAGUUUAAUAUAAUAUUAAAUUUUGUAAUUUUAGUUUGGAAAUACGAGAAACGAACAGCAGAUUUGAAGAAGAACAUUGCCAACGGAGAAAAAUUUAAAAUUUGCGAAAGAAUUGCUGAUUCUGCUGUAGAGUUACGACUAUUCGAAGUUGCAUUGACCUACUACAAAAAUAUGUUGAAGUAUGUUAUACGGUUGGUACAUUAAACUUAAAAACGCUGGUAUAUUAUAUUACCGCUACAUAAUAUACCAGCGUAUAAUUUUAUUUUUUUUUGAUGAUUAAAGUUUAAAAAUAUAUUUUUAGGUAUGCAAGUAACUUUAAAAACCAAGAAAAGUCGUUAAUUUCUGUCGCUGAAACUCUGAAAGAUGUUGGUGAUUUCAAAACGGCUUCUGAAUACUACGAUAAAUGCCUUGGGCUGAUACGACGCAACUUUCAAAAUGAUAAGUUUAAGGUAAGAGUUAUGUUUAGCUUCUAAAACGUUGUGAAAAAAACGUAUUUUAAUUUUAUAUGUUUAUUUCAAUGUUUAAUGUGUUACCUAAAAAAAUUAAUUUCAAGGUUUUAAGUUUUGAAUCUUAUACCUGUUUCAGGUCUUAGAAACCGAAGUCAACUUAGCAGUAACACGAAGUAAAGACACUUCAUUACCUGCUGAUAUCCGCUUCAAAUACCUAAAAGAUCUACUUAACAAAGGGUUGAGGAAUCAACUUCAAUUAUCAGUGGUAGAAGCCAUAGUAAUGUUGAUACAUGUGAAUAGACAGCAAUAUAAUGCUAAUGAGAUAGAGAAGUGGACAAACGAAUGGAAAGAUAAAAGAAAGGAAUGUAUAGAUAGUCAAGAUGAUAGAAGUGAGGAUGAAGUAGAAGAUGGGGAAGAUGAGGAUGAGUACGAUAACAUAAGUGAAAAGGAAAUGAUAUACGAUUUAGAAGGUAAUAUAUGGUGUAUAGUCUUGUUUUAUGAUUUUCAGUGCUUGUUUAUAAUGGUUUUUGGAAAAACAAGAUUAUGUUAGGGUGAGGCAAUUCAUAUAUUUUUUGUGUAUAAAAUCUAUAUUUGCAUUAUUAUGUGCUUUAGCAAGAUAUACAACAUACGAACAGAAGAAUACAUUUGAAAAGAAGAAGAACUGUCGAAAUACGAAAGGAGAAACGUUGCUACACGAAGCAGCACGAGACGGUGAACUGGAAAAGGUCAAACAGCUUCUUCAAUGUGUGAGUUUACUGUAUUUUUUGUCACUAUUUUAUAAUGUAAGCGUAUAUAAAUUAAUUUAUUUUAUUUUGUUAUAAACUAUGUUGAUGAUAAGGUAACUAUAACACAUUUUAAUGUCUUCAUACAGUCUAAAGAAGACGUUCUGACUGUUUUCUAUUUUAGAAAUACGAUGUGAACGCGAAAGACUACGGUGGAUGGACGCCGUUGAGCGAGGCGGUAAAUCACGGCCAUCUCGAUAUUUCCAGGGUUCUAUUACAACAUGGGGCCGAGGUGGACUGUCAAUCGGGUCAGGCUCUGCUCAAUGAUGAUGGAACGGCGUGUGUAAGUUUACUAUGAUUUAUUAUGUUAUCAUCACUACAAACUGAACUGUUUGGUUUUGUGAUUCAUGAUUUACAGAACUGUGAUAGAUUACGGUAUAAAAUUUACAUUUUGAUACAGUAAGAAAUCUUCUUGGCUUACGUUAAGGUAAUGAAAUCAUUUUCAGGAUUCUGCUGGAGACACACCGUUAAUGGAAGCUUGUGCCAAUGGUCAUCUUGAUGUAGCUAGGCUACUAAUAGCCUUCAAAGCCAGUGUGUCCAGGACUAAUCAUAAUGGAUAUUCAGCUCUCUACUUUUUGAAAAGCUACAUUGAUAAUCAUGAAAUGGACAGUAAAAGAAAAGGUGAAUGCGAGAGACUGGUCAGAGAAAUUGAGGCUAAACAGAGAAAAGGUAACGUAUUGUAAUAUGAAGAUGUCUUGAUGUUGUUUUGAGGGAUUUAUAAUUGAAUUUAGUUAUGUUAAUCUUUGAUUAAAUUUUAUAAAAAAAUGAAAUCUUAUGAAGAAUAUGACUUUAGAAGGAUUUCAAGAAAAGGAGAACCUGAUCGAAGUUGUACCUCCAACACCAUCUACUUCAACUGCACCAUUUAGAGCUCACUCUCCAGUCCAAAUUGUGAAUGACAUGGCUCCAAAGAAGGGAACAAAGAAGCAAAGAAGACGUCAGAUAUCAGUCGAUGACACUUUUGAUGAAGAGAUGGAAUGUGACUUUGAACAACGAUUACAAAUGGAAGACCAAUCUUUUAUGGACACUGACAUAUACGUAGCCAACGACGAGGGACCUACUACAAUGUCACGUGGAGGUAAUAUUGAGGAUAGAAGAGGAACGGAAGGUUCAGUUUACUCAAGACAAUCAAAGACUGACAGUAGUCGAGCUUCACGGAAAAGAGCAGCCUCACCUAGUUCAACAUCAACAGGGUCGGCUAAACGAUCGGCUAUCAGGCUACAGAACGAAGUCAGGUCAAGGUCAGAUAGGUCGGAAAUUGGGGAUUCUGGUGGACAAAGGAAAAAGAAAAAACGGUGAGGCUAUUCAAUAUUAUAAUACAUAGGUAUAUGACAUAUGUUAUAACGUUAAUUUAGUUUUAUUUUGUUAUUAGUAACAUCUUUUAAUUUGAUUAAUAUUAUUCUUUAGGCAUGCGUUCAGCAAACGUUUGUUUAUCACGAUGAAUCCGUUAACGAAUCAACCGGUCACAAUACGAAGGUCCUUUGAAGGUAAGUUAGUCAUGAUUAAACUAUCAAAAAGCUUGCUUUAUUAUCUAUUUUUUAAAACGGCUUUUAAAACUUAUAUAUUGCCUGUAUAACCCUAUAGAGUUUAUACAUAUACCUACAAAACCUAUCUGAACCUUGACACUUUCAGACGACGGAGUGGACAUAGACGAGUACAUAAGCAAGGUGGACCAGAUCUUUACAAAUCGAAACGAAUAA